ACGUCGUCCGGCAUCUGCAUCUCAUCCAAGUCCAGAUCAGAUCAAAGUGAAGAGGCAAAAAUAGGGAUAAAAAGCACCUUCUCUUCUUGCAGGAAUCAUCCUUCCCGACUUGAUUGCGUGUUCGCCUUCAGAUUCCCUAUUUGUUCAUCACGUUCCCUAUCAAUAUCUGCGGCCGGGAGAUCCGGCCUUUGCCCGAUCAAUGAGACGUUACAUCUCGAUCUCCGUACCACAAGUCUUGCCAGAUUACGCUUCACAUCACCAUCUCGGUAUCCUGUACUGUAGCCUCCACUCUUGAAGGCGCCUGGCGCCUUAUGGAGUCAUGCUAUCUUUUCAGUGGUCGUGAACGAUUCAAGAUAUCUUAAGCCAAGUUUCGAGCUUUGCGGCGUGUCAUAUCAUUCAUGAUGUAGUCUUCAAAGGUACAGUGGUUGAUAACCACCAAUUUUCUAUAUUCCCUGUUUUCAAGAACUCUCUUAGAUUUCUUUCAUCAUGCCAAUCGCCAUUCCAACCGGCAAGGAGAAGAUAACAAAGUUCACCAACUGUAGAUUGAUCAAGGGAAAUGAUUUGGUAGAGCAAGAUUUGUGGGUGAGCUCAGAGACCGGCAAGAUUGUGAGGAGCCAAGAAGUUUUCUACUCAGAACAAGUUGUUCCGGAUAUCACGAUAAACCUAGGAGGAAGAAUCAUAUCACCUGGACUUAUCGAUGUUCAACUCAAUGGGGCGUUUGGAUUUAACUUCUCGCAAAUACCGGAUGAUCCAUCGACGUAUAGCAAAGUUUUGAGACAAGUCAACAAGUCACUGGUCCAGACCGGAGUCACUUCAUAUCUACCAACACUCACUUCCGAGACUCCAUAUGUCUACAAAAAUGCACUUCCACAUCUUGGUCCUUCAGGAUUCCAUCGCAUAGCAUCGGAUGGCGCCGAAUCACUAGGAGCUCACUGUGAAGGGCCCUUCCUCUCACCCACCAAAAACGGCAUCCACAAAAUAGAAAACAUCACUCCAGCAAUCAAUGGCUUCUCGGAUCUCGAAGCCAUGUACGGAUCUCAAUACUUGAACCCAACACUUUCUCCAGAUGGCAGCAUCAUCAAACCACCCACCAUCAAGAAAAUCACCGCCGCUCCCGAAAUAGCCGCCAUGAUGCAAACUAUCCCCGAGAUCACUUCUCGAGGAAUAAUCUACAGCAUCGGCCACACAGAAGCCACAUACGAAGACGCCUCUCGAGCCGUCGCUGCGGGAGCAACAAUGAUAACCCACCUCUUCAACGCCAUGCGUCCUCUGCACCACCGCAAUCCAGGCGUCUUCGGAGUCCUCGGAAUAGCUGAAUCUCUUCCUCGUCCGUACUUCGGAAUCAUCUCAGAUGGAAUCCACCUUCACCCCACCUCCAUCAAAAUCGCCUUCAACGCACACCCAGAUGGAUUCAUCCUCGUCACGGACGCGAUGCACUUGGUCGGUCUCCCAGACGGCGUCUACGAAUGGACGAACGGGGAGAGCAUCGUGAAGAACGGACCGAGGUUGGUGCUCGAGGGCACGGAUAAGAUUGCGGGCAGCUCGAUCACAUUGAUUGAGUGCGUGACGAAUUUCUUGAACUGGAGCGGAGCCAGCUUGCCGUUGGCGCUGAAGGCGGUUACGGCUACGCCGGCGGCGACGUUGGGGUUGAGUGGGGUGAAGGGGUGUUUGGAGGCGGAUGCUGAUGCGGAUUUGGUGAUUAUUGAGGAGGAAGUUGAUGGGGAGGGGAGGAAGAAUUUGAGGAUCGAUCAGGUGUGGAAGUUUGGGACGAAGCCUCAUCACAAGAAAAUGGCGGCCCCUUUCGGUUUCUCUAUUGGCGACUUCAUCGCCGCCAUCGAGCUCGUAGGUACCGUCAUCGACGCCCUCCGCAGCAGCGGCAGUGCUAGCACCGAAUACCGAGAACUCGUCUCACAGCUCCUAAGCUUAGAGAUGGCACUAAUCCAAGUCAAGAAUCUGGAGUUUGAAGAGUGUCAGUAUGCGGAAGUCACGGCGCUGCGCCAGGCUGCUGUACGAUGUCGGGGGACGAUCGAUGCUUUCUGGGAGAAGGUGAAGAAGUAUCAGCCGGCGUUAGGUGGAGAUGGGUCGGGGGUUAGGGAGCGGUGGAUGAGGAUGAGGAAGAGAUCGGAUUUGCAAGAUAAACGCCAGAUAGAGAGGCAUAAGAGUCUUGUUGGUGUUGUGCAGGAUGGCUUCUUCGCUUGCAUGCAGCGGCUGGUGGAAGUCAAUGAACAGGGAAAGCAAUUGCUGGUAGCGACUACUGAAAUACUAAAAACCAAUGUCAAGAUAUUCCAGGCCGUACUUCAAAUCCAACAUCUGAUCACAAACAUUCCGGGACAAAUUGAACGUCAACAGCCAGUCUAUAUGGUCGAUGCACUUGGCAGAGCUAGCCCUUUUCAUUUGGAGUUCAUUCGCUCGGCCGAGGCAUGUACUGCCUUGAAGUCCGUCCUCCGCGUGAACUUCCAAAAGCACGGAAAUGGGGCCCACAAAAUAGACAAAGGAGAAUUUGUAUUUCAAGACGCCAUUACGAAAGCUGACAUUGACGUGACUGGAGAUUGGGAGACUUGUUUUCGUCCCGGCCAAAGAAUUGAAAUGAAUAUGGUGUGUUACAGCUCGAAGCUUCAAGAGCGAGUCCAUGCCACACCGAAUCGGGUACUUUGUCCAAGAUGCCUCGACGACUGCGGAGCAACUAACCCUCUGCUGCCCAGAAACUUUGAUUGCACUUGCUGUGGCCUGGCUUUUCAGCAAAAACCAAGUGCAGUUUCUGUUGCGUUGAUAAGCAAAGUCGAUGCUGCACUUGAAGACAUAUCAACCCCACAAAUUGUUGAAUAUAGUGGUCCGUGGGGCCGUACACUUGAAGACUAUAGAUCGUACUAUAAGUCAUCUCCAAUGUGCAGGAGCACCUUUCAGAAGAUCCGGGUCUAUCGAGCUGGGCAAUUGAUCAGCUAAUUCGAACCUGAAGAUUUCACAUACCUAUCUGGGUACUUACGCACUCGCUAUGGAAAUUUUGGACAUGUGGAUAAGAGUAAAUCGGAGUCAACCUUGCAGCACUUCUUCCCUG